AUGAAACGAAUGAGCUGUUUACUUUAUCGGCAUCUGGCUUAUCGCGUAUGUUGGAUGAAAUGGAAUAACGAGAGAUUAUUAAGAACUUCUGUAAUACCAUCGUCUACUUCGAUGAAUGUCGUGAAAUUAAGCUCAAAUCGUUGUAAUAGUUUGAUUAUGCCAUAUUCGCUUAUCAAAGAUAAAAGCUGGAAAAAAAAAUUGGAAUACGCUGCUUCUUGCUAUCAAGUUAAUACUGAGGAUGCGUUAAAUGCUGUUGUUUCUCUUGCCCGAGAAGAUUGCGAAAAGGGGACAAGUACAGCCAAUCGUAUACUUUAUUUAGCUAUGGAUAUGGCUUUAAACCAGGGUCGUAUUGAUGUAGCUGAAGAAAUGUUCAAGUUAUUGCCUCGACGUGUCCAUGUAUUAGCUACUAGUUUGAAAAUUCGUUUUUUCGUCCUUCAAAAGCGGUUUUGGGAUGCGUUAAACGAAGUGGAAAAAGUCUUAAAUGAAGAUACUGCAAGCUUGGAUGUGUCGAAGAAAAUUUCGAAAUCUGUAAUGGAUGAAUUUUACAAAGCACUUUCAAAUUGUGACGAUGCAGUUGAUGAGGCGAAAACAUUAUAUAAGCUACAAAGGUUGCUCAGUAAAUACAAUAGACGUACAACGAAAACACUACGUGAAUUACUACUAUCUGAUAUGUAUAUUCCAUCUAGAAAAAAAUCCAUAAAAAGCAAUUUGAAAAUUGAUGAUGACAUAUUGGACAAAAUUGUUGAACAUGCUCCGGAAGUGCUUACCAGUAAUAAAGCAAUCUUAAAUUAG